GUCAUUCCCCAUUAUUAACCUUCCCAAUUUUCAUUUCUUCCAGUCUCGAGUAAGUACUGUGUAUAUACACUACUAGGGAUGUUUUCUACUCGCCCUCCUAUCCCUUCUCCUUCCAUAAUCUAACCUAAGGCCAGUAUAUAUACAACCCAACCCUCAUUUCUCCAUUCUCUCCAAGCCGCUCCCCUUGUUCUUCACCCUCCUCCCCCAUCCCAAAGAUGCCCUUUUGAGCUCCCAAACUCGGUUUCUUGCACAUCUAUUCACUGAUCUUAGCCGUCCCUAGUAUUUCAUCGUCAAGGAAUCAUUAUCUUCUUAGCAGUCAGUCUUUCAGAUGUUUAUUUAAAGAAAAAUAUCAAAACAAGUGGUUUGGCUGUGAAUAGCUUUUGUUUAACUUAAAGAUCGAAUUUUUAAGGUGUUGAUUGUGAUGGGACCAAGUAUGGACUGUGGGAUUUCGAGCCUUCUCUGUGAGGAGGGAGACGAUGGGGUUGUUGGGCAUGGGUCAGGGGUUCGUAGGAAUCGUCGGAGUUUGGUUAAGUUGCCGGUUCAGAGUGAGGAGUGUUUGGCUCUGAUGAUUCGGAAGGAGAGUGAAAACUUGCCUUCAUGCGAUUACCUGAAGAGAUUGAGGAAUGGGGAGGUGGAUGUUGCCUCCAGAGAUGAGGUUCUUGACUGGAUUGCAAAGGUUCACUCACAUUUCAAUUUUGGACCACUCUGUGCAUAUUUGGCUGUGAGUUACCUUGAUAGGUUUCUGUCUGCAUAUGAUUUUCCUGAGAGCAAGAGCUGGAUGAUGCAGCUUUUAGCUGUUGCUUGUUUGUCUAUAGCAGCCAAAAUGGAGGAAACUGAUGUCCCCCUCUCUCUAGAUUUACAGACUGGGGAUAGCAAGUAUGUUUUUGAAGGUAGAACCAUUCAAAGAAUGGAGCUUCUUGUGUUGACCACACUUAAAUGGAGAAUGCAGGCAGUCACUCCAUUCUCAUUCAUGGAUUACUACCUCACGAAGAUAAACAGUGAUCAAAUUGCUUCAUGUUCAUCCAUUGUCAAAUGCACAGAACUCAUACUGAGCACACUUAAGGGGAUUAACUUCAUAGAAUUCAAGCCAUCUGAGAUUGCAGCAGCUGCAGUGGCUAUAUCUGUUGCAGUAGAAACUGAGGCUGUAGACAUUGAGAAAGCAAUUUGUUCACUUACUCCCCAAAUACAAAAGGAGAGAGUGAUGAGAUGUGUGGAAGCAAUGCAAGAAUUUUCUUCUCCUAGCAAUUUUCUAACGAUUCAAAGAACAUCACAUGUAAGUGUACCAAACAGUCCUAUCGGUGUUCUAGAGGCUGCCUCCUGCUUGAGCUAUUCAACUGCUGAUGAUUUGGGAGUUGGGUCAUGUGAAGAUGAAUCCUCUCAUGAGAAUCCCAUUGCAAAGAGGAGGAAGCUGGAAGAUUGAAAAAAGAAAAUCUGCCGGUGCAAAACGAAUUGGAUGGUUUCAAUGAUAUGAUCAAGAAGUGGUUUGUAUGCUUAUUAGCAUUGAGGAGAAGCCGUCGGCUGUUAUAAAUGUUUUAAGACUUCUUGACAACUCUUUGAAGGUGAAUUUUUUAGGAAAAACAUGAUGAUGAUGAUGAUGAUGAUGAUGAAGAUGAUCAGAACAUAGUUGUUUUUUUUGUUUGUUUUUUUCUUUCCUAUGAGUAUUAUUAUGUUAGAUAUAUUUGAUGUUUAUUUUUUACAUUGUGAGGUCAUUUUUGUGGAAAAAAUGCAGAAACAGAGAAAAAGAGGAAGGGAACUUUUUUUAGGAAUUGUUACCUCCUAGUGGUGUUGUGGUUUACAUAGCACUGUUUUGUGUAUAUAAAUUGGGAUUUGUGAAGGUUUCACAGUUAAUCCAGUGAAUUUAGAGGGGAUGGCCUCUCUAAUGUUGGCUUUUUCUGACUAA